AUGCACCUCGCGCGCGCGGCGCGACAGCACGGCGGCGCCGUCCUCGCCGCCGUCGCCGCCGCGCUCUUCUGCGCGUGCGAGCGCGUGGAGCGACGCUUCGGGUACGAUUCACAAAACGUCUGCCUCUUCGCAACCGUGCUCGCCCUCGUGGGACUCCUCCUGAGCGAGACGCGACCGGAUCGACGGGCGGAGAAGCUCACGUUCGAUCCGAGCGAGGCAUCGGCGGCGCGGACGCGCGCGGCGGCGGCCGCGGCGGCGGCGGCGGGGAAAAAAACGCGGUGA